AUGUUCCCACCACCAGAUGUCGUCGUGGAAAACAUCGCACGAGAGAUCAGCAGGGGGUGGCGAAAGAGGGCGAAAAGAGAGGAAAGUUGGCGGGUAUCGGAUCAGGGGGGUUCAGGACGAAGUGGCCAGGAUUGCGCGAUCAUUAAGUCCGGUGUUGUACGACGAAGGAGGCUGUCGUCAAUCGCAGCCGAAAUCGAAGGCCAGUGUCCCGGAGUUGGACCAGCAGCCGCAGUGAACCUGACCGUGUCAGGAAGUGCCCGGAACCGUGCUACGUUCCGCGGACAGCGAAGAGCAGGAGCUGCUCGAGAUUUGGACAUCCCAGGACCUCUCGGGUUUACCCCAAGUUUCCCCCGUGAAACCCCGUUAGUUUUUGCCCUGGCCUUGCCAUAUCCGGCCCGGCAGACCAACCCCGAAACCACCAACCGUCAACCCGUUGGUCGGUGCGUCGCCAAGCCGCUACGUAACCUCCGUGUCCCAAACCCGGACAAUCCCGACGGAGGCGCUGCCUCGUCGAAGCCGGCAGCACCGUUACACGCGCAGGAAGGACACGGACGGCUGGCGAUAGGUCCGAGAAGCAGCAGCAGAAGUCGGAGGGUCCAUCCGACGACCAAGAAGCCACCCCCAUUGGCGUACUGCAGGAGGAGCUCAACGGUCAUCCGGACGGAACAACGACGACCGCAGUGCAGAUCGGGGCCCCGCAGCAGAUCAUCGGUGCACAAGGAAGUAGGAAGAAGGAUCGUGUGAGGUAGGAUCUAGGAAGUAAGGAAGUGGGAAGGGAGACGUGCUAGUGAGGAGUUAGGAAGUGUGCCCAAUAAACCGUCGACGGAACCCCGAGAAAUAAACGUAGUUUCCUUAGACGACUGCGAGUGUUUUCUUGGCCUAGCGUAACUUCGAGCGUCAUGCCGAUCCUGGGUUUUGAAGGAGAGUCCCAUCGGUAUCUGGCUCUACCCAUACUGGAAGCACAGCUCAGCAACCUCAAGUUGUUAUA